UUGUGUGUCUCUUUACAAGAAACAGUUCUUGGGUUACUCUUCGCCAAGUAGGCCUCAGUGUAAGUCCAUGAACAAGCCUAUUUUGGCGCUCGAGUUCUUUCUCCGAACACCUUCGGUGCACACCUUUGGCCGGUGGUCGAGGAACGGCUCAGCGUGGAUGCCGGAGUACAGGAGCAGGUUUUUAUCCUCAAUAGAGAAGAAUGGAGCGCCAUCAACUCAAAUAAAUUACGAAGUCAAUUAAUGCAGCACGUCCUUCCACCAUUCAUGACGACAACCCCACACCAAAUCUUUGAGCUGCAGUAACCCACCCACCGCAAAGCAAGACAGAGACCCGCCCUGAAUGAUUCCGUGGCGACGGGGACUCCACAACCGCCUCAUCUCCCACCUUCCGUCACGGCAGAUGUUGCGCAUCCUCGUGGCCUCACCGCUUAUGGUGAGAUGGGCCUCGUCCGGGGGUCAAAUCUCGCUUGAAAGGCACGGGAGAACUCCCCUUGCCGCGCGAGCCAAAGUGUCGCGUACCAAUUGUUUUCUUAAGCGGUCUUCCAUGGGUUAGAGCCCCAAAAGCUCCCUGCUCCCUGUUCUUCCUUGGCAGUUGUUGUCACUUCAGAGUUCAGACAUAUCUAAAGGUUAGAAGGGGAGGAGGAACAUGGCAUCUCUUACUCCAGGGGUACUAAUAAAGCUUCUCAAGAACUUAAAUACUGACAUAAAAAUAUGUGGAGAAUACCGGUCAGUUCUUCUUCAAGUAAUCAGCAUUGUGCCUGCUUUGACUGGCUCAGAGCUUUGGCCAGACCAUGGUUUCUUCAUAAAGGUCUCUGAUUCUUCGCAUUCCACAUAUGUUUCAUUAUCUAAAGAUGACAAUGACCUGAUCUUAAUGAACAAGCUUCAACUUGGGCAAUUCAUCUACAUUGACAAAGUUGAGGCUGGAACCCCAGUUCCAGUCCUUGUUGGUGUGCGACCUGUGCCUGGAAGGAACCCGUGCAUUGGGAAUCCAAAGGAUCUAAUGAAUAUGUUGGUAUUUUCUGACGCUUCAGAUACAGCCGAUCAUUUAAAGAACACUUCCAGGUCAUAUGAAUUAUUUGAAGGGGAAAAAGAGAGCCCAAAACAUAGAGUAGACAUCAAAGAAGAGAAGAAUGUGGUUGCUUCUCGAUACAUGCAAGGUGUUUUAAGGAGUAAUGUGAAAAGUUCUGGUUCAGAAUCUUAUUCUAUUAAUGAUAAAAUUGAAGAAAAUAGUAGUGUUAUUGAACCAGAGAAGAAGACUAUUCCUUCCAGAGUCAAGCACGAGACUAAACGUCAGGUAUUGCAGCCGAAACCUACAAUUCCAUGUAUUCAGAACAAAACAGUCAAUGAAAAGCAGGAAAAUUAUGUUGCUACCCUUAAAGAUGAUGCAAAACCUCUGAAGAACAUGUCUGUCAAAUCUAAUCCUAUUAUAAAGAAGAUGUCAUCUUCCAACACCAUGUCCUCUUCAUUGAGCAGCAAUAAAAGAAGAGUUGCGGAUGCCAUCCCAUGGGACUCUCUUCCUGCCAGCCUAAUCAACCCUGGGAAGGGAAUGGUUAAAAGAAAAGAAAUAGCUUUUCUAGUAGCAGCUGAGGCCCAACGAGAAGCGGCUACAGCUGCAGCUCUUGUUAAAGGCCUUAGCAUAUUUGCAGAUCUGCGCAAGUCUUCUAUGGAGGAGAAGCUCCAUGUCUCUCUGGCAAAGUUCUUUUCACUACAUCAGCUCUUAAAUCAGCCAAACAUAGCCAUUGAGAAAGAUAACUUGACUGGGAUACCCAAGCAACUGGCUCAAGAAGGAGAGAAGCUGAUUAUGAAAACUGCAUUGCCUAACAGUAGAAGGGUUCUAAAUGCUCCAAACCCUGCAGAGGCAUCCUGCGGAAAUGAAAAGAUAACAUGGUCAAGAGGGGAUGGCUUGAAGGAGAUCCAAGAACUAAGGGCCAAUCUCCGACAGGAAUCACGGUCAUGGUUCUUGAGUUUCUUGGAAAAUGCUCUUAACAGUGGCUUCUAUGCAGAGUCUCGAACGAAGAAGGGUGUGAAGGAUCGUAGCGGAGGGCACUCCAAGGAAUCAGAUGAACUGAUUGCUGUAACACUUUCACAGCUCAAGGAUGCAAGUACCUGGUUAGAUCAACUUCGAAAAGAUGCAGGCACUGAAGCAGAUGGAUUACUCGGGACCAUCGAUCGGUUGAAACAAAAGAUCUAUGUCUGCUUACUUGAACAUGUCGAAUCAGCUGCAUCGGCACUGGAAGUACGAAAAAAAUCGUGAUUGAUGUUUCUUUCAAUUCUGAGCUUUUGAGGCUCUCAGGUUGCAGAAUCCUCUGAAUACCACAUUCGACUGGAAGGUCCUUCCUCUAAAAUGGUGAAGAGCAUUUCCAGGUGAAGAAAAAAAUUUAGCAUCUGCUUGCAGACAUAUACAUGUUUCCUCAGAAAUUGUUCAACUAAUUUGCUGUUGUCAAUCGAUACAGUUUACGCACCAGAAAAACUUGUUCUCUCACUCAACAUGAGCUAUACUUUGUUGGUUGAUCCAAAUUACUGUAUGUCGAUAUAUGACAAAUUUUAGAACAUGAAUGCUAUUUAUUUUGCAUUUCUGGCUUCCUUUUGAUA